AUGUCCUUCAGCGCGCGUCUCAGCGACACCCAUCACGACAGGCGUCGUAUCUCCACCGUCCGUACUGGCACCAUCAUCCGCGGCACCCCUACUCCCAACGCCGAAGAUGCCCAGCCAAACGGGCGCACUGACAGGCGCACCGAUAAUCCACCGGCGGUGAGGUCCGCCCCGCGCAAGUCGUCUGUUCGGGACGCGCUGUCAUCUAGGCGACAGUGCCCCCCUCUAGGUGCGCAGGACCAGUCGGGGUCACGCCCCCAGCGGGUGUCGCUCCCGCUUCCGCGGACGGUAUCGUAUCCGCCUCUUCCUCGCUUGAACGACGCGUCCGCUCUGCGUAGGCAAGGUUCUGGGGGUGAACAGAAUGCGAACUCUUACACAACGUAUGUGCCCAUAUUGGCUCCUUAUCGUGCGACGGAGAUGGCGUCUAUCUCGGAAGAAGCGGCUGGAACGCAGCGGAGGUCCACGCCAAUUGCGCUCCCCAGAUUCGUCGCUAAUGAAGCGGCAAUGCGACGGCAUGGUUUGGACUCUUUGUCCCCUUCCACUGUGCCCGCUCUCGCCGCCACAACCCAUGAUGUCAGCCCUGUAUCACGUCUUCGACUCGAUCCACUUUUUCACGAGAGACGGCUUGAGCUCUCUGCUGCGGAUCUUAACUCUCAAACCAGCGAAAAUCUCUCCAGUCCGUCAACCACGCUUCCUUUCGCAAAGGAAGUCCCAGUGAACAUCGCGGCCGACGACGCCAAGUCGCCAACCCUAAAUAACCCUCCCAGCCAAGACAAGGACCCAAACGUCUCCGAGAGCAUCCCCUCUCCUGGCCACGCUCAGGCGCUUCCUGAUCCCAACCCUAGCUGCGAUGCGGGCACUAUGUUGCUCGGCGACUUCUGCGGACCUAGAAAGAGACCUACCCUGAACCUGAGCACUGGCAGCGUGACUGAGGCACUAUCGAACCUCACCAGCACGCAGACAGCCGUGCCCGUCGCAGACAGUAUCUCUCAUCCUGACCCAGCCCUCAAUCUUCCGCACCCGCCGAAGGGGGUAAUGCGUUCUAUGGGGAGCACAUCCACGUCCAAUCCGGACGCAGAACCCACCAUUGAUCUCAUCAAGCACGCACGCAGCGCGUCCGAGCAGCCCACAACCAGAGGAAUCAAACGCGAACGCAGCGCGUCUCCACCGUUACGCACCUCGGCCGCCGUUGUGCGUCCAGUGAUGGAGGGCUCACUGCGUUUCGCGCCGGUUCCGGAGGAGUGCCGGCGCCCGCAUCCUGAAUGGCAACGAAAUCGCCGUGCGUGGAUUGAACGUGAGUGCGCCGCGUUGCAAGGGAAGGGUUUGAAGAUUUUGAAGACGUUCACGCGGGACGACGGAAUGGUCAUCGAUUGGCAGAGCUGCAUGCCCGUCAUGUCUGACACACUUCUGCCAGCGCAUCCUGACUCUCGUCCGCUCCCCAGCAGAGUUCAAGAGGUCUUCGAGGUGGACGCCCCGCCCGCCAAGCGGCCGCGCACAUCUCGGCAGGAACGCUCCGCCAGGCCCGCCAGUGAGAACGGCACUGACAUCAUUGACGUCGACUUAUCGGAGUCUACUACUGUUCCUGUCACCGCUGCACCAGCGCCUGCAGCGAAGCCCGGUGCCCUCCCACCACAGGAGAAGCCUGCUCCGCGGGACUACGCCUUCGCAACGGGACGCGCACGCCUGGCGAGCCCUGUUGUCGUUGAUCUGCCCGUACAGGUGGAGUUUCGCGAUGCUGAUGCGGGGCCUGUGCGGGCGGGGCUGGAUGCACCACGCCAGCCCGCGACGACAGACACAGAACUACCUGCUCCUUCUGCGUCCCCAGAAAAAUUGGUGCGUAUGCCUUCGAUGGAAGAGCGGGCCGAACUGGAGAGUGCCGCCCUGGCAUUUCUGGAAAGAUAUAUAGAGACUUUCGACCAGGAUCGCUCCGCUCUCGCAAGCGCGUACUCGCGCACCGCGACGUUCUCCGUGCUGUCUCCCGUGCCGGACGCCCCGGGGGGCCAACAUAUCAAGCAGGGGCGCAUGGAGAUCGUCGAGGGGCUGCUCUCGCUCGACGGGAGGUGGCGCUUCUGCUCCGGCGGGGAGGCGGCGAAGGUCGAUUACGACGCCGUAUGCCUCGGCGAGGUCGGCGUGUUGCUGGUGUGCUAUACGGGCCCACGCGCAUGUGGCAAGGCCGCCGGCGGGCGGUGGGCGUGCGAUCAGCGGUUUGUGUUACGGAGGAGGGAGUGGGACGAGGAGGAUCGGUCUACGGAUAAUUUGUGGCCGCUCGUUGCGGUCUCUCAUCAGAUGACGGUACGGUUGUCGUGA